CAGGCCGCAGCAGUAGCGGCGUGUGUGUGUGUGUAUGUGAGAGAGAGUUUGUGUGAGUGAGUGAGCGCGCGCGUGUGAGCAAUGCAGCGUCUGUGCUGCUCUCCUCGCACACACACACGCACGCGCCAGCUUUCCCCAUGAUCCGGGGCCGCGGGGAGCUGUGCAGGCUCGCGCUGACGGAGAGGGAAGUUCACAGCGGCUGGAAAAGUUCUGGAAGUUCAGGAGAACCAUGGAGCCCGCGCGCCUCCUGCUCUACUGCACCCUCAGCGCGCUGCUGCCCCGCGGGCACGAGCCUCACACACACGCUGCAGAUCUCUCAGGGAAGCUGAGCGAAUACGGCCUGAUCGUUCCGUUCAGCACAGACUCUCGUGGACACUAUGUCUCCCACGUCCUCUCGGCCGCCGGCGCUGACGCUGCGUCAGGAAAACACAGACGGGUGACCCGCAGCGUCCCCGAGAGCGAGCGGCAGAGCGAGUGGGACGGCCAGCAGGUGUUCUUUAACGUCACCGUGUUCGGAAAGGAGCUGCACCUGCGGCUAAAGGCCAACAGCAGACUUGUAGCCCCCGGAGCCCACCUGGAGUGGCACGAGGACUUCGAGGAGAAGGCCAGGAUGCGUAUCCGUGGAGACUGUGUGUUCACUGGAGACGUGACCGACAUGCCGGACGCAUCGGUGGCCAUCAGCAACUGUGACGGACUGGCUGGACUGAUUCGCACAGAUAACGGAGAGUUCUUCAUUGAGCCGCUGGAGAAAGGCCAGCAGGACGCAGAGGUCAAAGGUCGAGUUCAUGUGGUGUACAGAAGGUCUGCCAUCAAAAGAGAACCUGGAAGGAACCAAGAGGACCUCCAUAAUGAAGUGUCAGAUUUUGGGAUUGCUGAGCUGCCGAAUGCUCUGGAGACGGUGGAGCAGAAGCUGUUGGAUUCGGAUCGUAAACGGCGGCACGCUAAAAAAGAUAACUACAACAUUGAGGUCCUGCUGGCUGUGGAUGACUCUGUGGUCCGUUUUCAUGGGAAGGAGCACGUGCAGAACUAUGUCCUCACGCUCAUGAACAUAGUAGAUGAAAUAUACCAUGACGAAUCUCUGGGGACCUGCAUCAACAUUGUGCUCGUUCGUAUGAUCAUGGUGGGCUACCGUCAGUCCAUCAGCCUGAUCGAGCGAGGAAACCCGUCCCGGAGUCUGGAGCAGGUGUGCAGGUGGGCAAACACCCAGCAGCGGCUGGACCCCAACCAUGCCGAGUACCACGACCACGCCAUCUUCCUCUCCAGGCAAGACUUUGGUCCCGCAGGUAUGCAAGGUUACGCCCCGGUCACUGGCAUGUGCCACCCGCUGAGGAGCUGCACCCUCAACCACGAAGACGGAUUUUCAUCAGCAUUCGUCGUAGCGCAUGAGACGGGCCAUGUGUUGGGUAUGGAGCAUGAUGGUCAGGGGAACCGGUGUGGGGACGAGACCAGCAUGGGCAGCAUCAUGGCUCCUCUGGUGCAGGCGGCGUUCCACCGCUACCACUGGUCACGCUGCAGCAAACAGGAGCUCAACCGCUACAUCCACUCAUAUGACUGUCUGCUGGAUGACCCGUUCGAGCACAAGUGGCCUAAACUCCCAGAGCUGCCCGGUAUCAACUACUCCAUGGACGAGCAGUGUCGCUUUGAUUUCGGGGUGGGAUAUAAGAUGUGCACAGCUUUUCGGACGUAUGACCCCUGUAAGCAGCUGUGGUGCAGUCACCCUGAUAAUCAGUAUUUCUGUAAGACGAAGAAAGGUCCUCCUGUGGACGGGACAGAGUGUGCCCCAGGCAAGUGGUGUUUUAAGGGUCACUGUAUCUGGAGGUCAUCCCACCAGCCCUAUGGCCAUGAUGGAGCCUGGAGCUCCUGGGGAAAAUUCGGCUCCUGCUCUCGCACCUGUGGAGGAGGAGUCAAAUCCCGCAGUCGCCAGUGUAACAACCCUGCUCCAGCGUAUGGGGGUCGUGACUGUCCUGGAUCUGCGUUUGAUUAUCAGAUGUGUAACACUGAGGAGUGUCCCGGACAGUAUGAAGACUUCAGAGCUCAGCAGUGCGUCCAGCGCAGUAACAAAUACCACAACAACAUCAAACACACCUGGCUGCCCUACGAACAUCCUGAUGAGGCCCAUAAGUGUGAGCUGAGUUGUCGCUCUAAGGAGACGGGUGAGAUAGUGUUUAUGAAUCAGGUGAUGCAUGAUGGGACACGCUGCAGCUACACUGAUCCCUUCAGCGUGUGCGCUCGAGGAGAGUGUCUGCAUGUGGGCUGUGAUAAGGAGGUUGGCUCCUAUAAGCAGGAGGAUAAGUGUGGAGUGUGUGAGGGAGACAACUCGCACUGCCGCACCGUUAAACUGACACUCACUAAAACGCCCAAAAAAACAGGUUUGUUAAAGAUGUUUGAUAUCCCAGCCGGUGCAAGACACAUAAUUAUCGAGGAGAACGAGACGUCUCCACACAUCAUUGCUGUUAAAAACCAGGUCACAGACAUCUUCAUACUCAACUCCAAGGGGGAUGAAGUCAAAACCAAGAGCUUCAUCGAGAGUGGGCUAGAGUGGGAGUACUCUGUGGAAGGAGAAAAGGAGACUUUGAAGACUGCCGGCCCUCUGCAUGAAGGCAUUGUCGUACUGGUGGUUCCUCGGGAGGAUGACACUAAGAUCAGUUUAACGUAUAAAUACAUCAUCCAUGAAGACUUAGUCCCCAUCAUCACUAACAACAAUGUGCUGCUGGCUGAGCUGGACACCUAUGAGUGGGCCCUAAAGAACUGGUCCCAGUGCACUAAACCCUGUGGAGGAGGUGUUCAGUACACUAAAUACGGCUGUAGGAGGAAGAGUGACAGUCGACUGGUCCACAGAAACUUCUGUGAGGUCAAUAAGAAACCCAAACCCAUCCGCAAACGCUGCAACAUUAACGAGUGCAGUCAGCCAGUGUGGGUGGUGGAGGAGUGGGGGCCCUGCAGUAAGACGUGUGGGAGUCAGGGCUAUCAGACUCGGGUGGUGCAGUGUGUUCAGCCGCUGCAGAACGGCACCAACAGACCCAUUCACAUAAAAUACUGCAGCGGAAAGCGACCCGAAACCCGCAGAACCUGUGGCCCAAACACCUGCCCAGCACAGUGGAGGACGGGGGCGUGGUCACAGUGCUCUGUAAGCUGUGGUGAUGGUAUCCAGCAGCGACAGGUGGUGUGCAGGGCAUCAGACAGCAGCAGUGUGGCGAAGUGUGAGGGGGAGAAACCUGAGAGUGUAUCCAUCUGCAAAAUGCCAUCCUGCCCAGGAGAGGCGUCAUUCUCCACCCCGACUGUGGAUGUAAUGGGCAACGACACUACUGGCGGCGAGGGGUUAGCUGACGCAUCUCUGAAUAAAAUCUCAAAUGAGCCAUGUGUGGGGGACAAAUCCAUAUUCUGCCAGAUGGAGGUUCUAGCACGAUACUGCUCUAUUCCAGGCUACAAUAAGCUGUGCUGCGAGUCCUGCAAUAAGAAACUGGACUUUACCACCGCACCACCUGGCCUCUACUCGUCUGCCUCACUGCAGCCAGAGCUGAUCCUGUCUGCCCAGACACCCGUCUCCAGCCCGGAGCCCUCCAUGCUGUCGACUACGCCACCUCCACCAACACACACUGCUAAAGUUAGAGUUAAAGCCAAGAAACCGCAAACCACUGCACCAGGCCUUACCACGGCUGCCGUGAGCUCCAAACCCAUCAGCUCUUCCCCGACUGAGGAGGUCUCCACCCAGCUAUCCCCCGCCAGCACCUCCUCUGGUUCACCUCUACCUCCAGCGCAGAGUACUAGCAUUAGCGCUGCUGUUAGCAUCAGUGCUAGUGCUUCCAUUAGCGGCACUCGUUUGCCCUCUCAGGACUUGGACAGGAAGAAGGAGAAAGCAAAACCUCGAAACAGCACUUUAGCCUCUCCGACCUCAGUCAAGGAGUACACGGACCGAGCCAAGAGAGACUGGCACAACAGGAACUUACCAGUAGUCACAUGAGCUGGAUGUUUCACAGUACUGCUUUUAGCAUUGCUGCUGACUGACAGACUGACUGGUGCCAAUUGUUGUCUGAUGACAUCAUCCCUUGGACCUCUGGUUUUAUUCUCAUCUUGUUUUUUGUGUUUUUGUAAACUCUUCAUGCCAGUGGACUUGGACCAGUAAUGGGUUACCUCCAACAGUGGCAAAACCGGACCAAGAAAGUAAAAAUCCACCCCAAUUUUGUUUCAGCUUCCCCUGAGGGUGUUCCAGCAAAAUCCUGGGGUGGAUUUUAUCCUUCUGGACCUGGAUUUGCCAGUUAUGGUUACCUCAAACCUCUAACCACAUCACCAGCAGGGUGAAACUAUGUACAUACAAUUAACUGUUACAACCGCAUCUCCCGGCAUCCUCUGCAGUGAGAAAUGGAAAUAAGUUCAAAAGAAAAAAAAAUAACCAAGAGGAAACCUCUGAAUUGAAAGGUGCUGUAUUGUUAAAACGACUCUGAUCCACGUGUUGAAAUGCAGUGACUGCUUUGCUUGCAUACAAGCUUCAAUUAGCUUCAAUUCACCACCUCACCCACUCUUCAUAACUAUAAGUGUUCGUACUGAGACAGCACAAGACAUUGCUAGGGAAGCACUGAAGCAUUUCAUUUAAAAGCUAAGAGAUACACCAGUCAGCCAUAAAAUUUAAGUCACUUCCCCCCCCCAAAACUCAUUGCUAAUUUUUCCACUCUACUGACCAUAUAGGAGCAUCAUUAAAAUCCAUGUAGUGUUAAUCCAAUUAAGUUGUCAGUGAUUUUAAUAUUAUAGCUGGUCCAUGCAAACAGGGUGUCGCAAAAAUAAGGAACGACUCAUAAAUAAAAGCGCUUUGGCAGGCAAUGAUCCAAUUUUUGACACAAGCUGCAGGGGUCGAGGAACUUGUUGGGGCCAUAUUACCAACAUGGUGACCAUCUUGAAAGUUGCCAUCUUGAAUUCAACUUUUAUUUAAUUUUUUUUAUGGGAAGGUAGAUGUGGGACCAUCAAGCUGGUCGAGAAUACACCAGAAAGCCAGUUGUGUACUUCAUGUUAAUUUACCUAAAUUCAAUAUCAUCUACAGGCAAUGUAUAAAAGGAUGGCACUAUCCCAAGCAGAACAUCUAGCGACCAUCCUUAUGCAGGUGUCAUUACGGCAGAUCUAAGCCAAUGCCACCCGAACAGUCCUCCAGCCACCCACAGUGCAGUUGCCAAAAUGGUUGUCAAAUUCUAAAAAACAUUGAUUAUGUUGCCAAUAAACUGAAAGCUAGACCAAAACUACUAUGGAUUUAGUAAAGCAGUUGUCUCACCUAGGUUAUCCUUAAUAUUCAAACAUGGUGGACUGCAUAUCUGACACAUUCUGUAGCCCAUAUGGUCAGUUUUCUGGUUUUAACAUGAUAAUGAAAAAAGUUGUUAACAUGAAACACCAUUGUUUUAUGGUUUUUUUUUUUUUUACAAAUGUGAUGCAUCAUUACCCUUCUCACACAAAAAAACUAAGCUGAUUUCAAGAUGGCAGGUUCAAGAUGGACAUCAUGUAGGUUUCCAUCUUCUGCAACAGCUUGUGUCUAAAAUUGAAUCCCAGUUGGCCAAAAUGGUUUAAUUUCAUAUGAGUGGUCUUACUUUUGAGACACCCGGAGUCCUUCCCAGAACUCCCCAAUUUUUAAGCUAUUAGUUGAAACUAUAUUCCAUUUUGGUUGGAAGGUAAAAGGACAUUUUUUU